AUGCACUAUGUGCUUGCUUCUUCACUAGCCAAUGUAACAACUUUCAUCUUGCUGGAUCUGACAGAUGACAUUAGGCUGAAGAUUCUGCUUUUUAUCUUCCUGCUCCUCUCUUACAUGUUGAAUUUAUCUAGAAACAUAACCAUCAUCACCCUUACUCUGACCGACCCUCACCUUAAAACGCCUAUGUAUAUUUUCCUCAAACAUUUCUCCUUCUUAGAAGUUUCACUCACAAGUGCUUGUAUCCCCAGAUUUCUAUAUAGCAUAUCAUCUGGGGACAAGUCCAUCACCUAUAUUGCUUGUGUCGCUCAACUGCUGUUUAUAGAUCUCUUUGCAGUAACAGAAUUUUUCCUCCUGGCUAUCAUGUCCUAUGAUCGCUAUGUGGCCAUCUGUAAACCUCUGCAUUACAUGACCAUCAUGAACAGCAGAGUGUGCAGGAACUUCAUCUUCUUCUGUUGGGUAGCAGCACUGAUCAUCAUUCUCCCACCUAUUAGUCUAGGCUUGGGCCUGGAGUUCUGUGACUCAAAUAUCAUUGACCAUUUUUGUUGUGAUGCAGCUCCUCUCCUGAAAAUCUCCUGCUCAGAUACAUGGUUGAUAGAACAGAUGGUAGUAGUUGGUGCGGUGUUGACAUUCAUCAUCACCUUUGUGUGUGUUAUCUUUUCCUAUGUUUAUAUCAUCAAGACCAUUCUGAGAUUUCCCUCUGCCAAGCAAAGGAAAAAGGCCUUUUCCACCUGUUCUUCCCACAUGAUUGUUGUUUCCAUUACUUACGGCAGCUGCAUCUUCAUUUAUGUCAAACCUUCAUCCAAGAGUGAUGUAGCUAUCAAUAAAGGGAUUUCACUUCUUAUCAUAUCAAUUUCACCAAUGUUAAAUCCCUUUAUUUAUGCACUGAGAAACAAGCAAGUGAAGCAAGCUUUCAAUUACUCAAUUAAAAAAAUUGCAUUCCUCUCAAAGAUGUAA